CAAUCUCACCGCACGCAACUUUUCUUGACAGCCAUAGGAACGGCGGCUGCAACAGCGUCUAUAUUCUCUCUAUAUAACACAACCUCACGUCGGCGAAAGCGGCGCGAGCUAGACGAUGACAUUCGUCGGUCGCUCUCAAGCUCCGCCGCUGUGGCAGGCCAGUCUCAUACGCCAGUACCUCAAGAAUUUGCUCAAGGGAAGCGAAGGCAUAUCACAGGCGAUGGCCUCGAGGAAAGUGAGAUAUCCAUUGGGGGUGCGGGAGCAUACGAGUACGACGAGGAACUUGUGAGGGAGCAGCUGGCGAGGAACUACGCGUUUUUCGGAGAUGAGGGCAUGAGCAAAAUCAGGAAGGGUUCUGUCGUUGUCGUCGGAUGCGGAGGUGUGGGAAGUUGGGCGGCUGUAAUGCUCGUCCGGUCAGGUGUCUCCAAAAUCCGCCUUAUUGAUUUCGACUAUGUCACCCUUUCCUCACUUAACCGCCAUUCGACCGCCACGCUUGCAGAUGUCGGUACGCCGAAAGUGCAUUGCGUCGGGCAUGCGCUGCGGCAGAUGGCGAAAUUUGUGGAUGUCGACGCUCGUGUCGAGCUGUGGCGUGCGCAGGAUGGCGCAGCGCUGCUUGAAGGGGCGGAUUGGGUCAUUGAUGCGAUCGAUAAUAUCGGCACCAAAGUUGAAUUGUUGAAGUAUUGCGUAGAGCAUAAUAUCAAGGUCUUUUCGUCCAUGGGUGCAAGCACAAAAUCCGAUCCUACGCGAAUUCAAAUUGCCGAUAUUUCAGACACAAUAUAUGACCCCCUUGCGCGGACCGUGCGCCAACGCCUACGAGCAGCAGGGAUCCGUGAGGGAGUCCCUGUCGUAUACUCUACAGAGGUUCCUGGCGACGUGGGUCUUCUGCCGCUCCCUGAGGAGCAAUUUGCGAAGGGUAAGGUUGGGGAGCUUGCGACAAUGGACGACUUCAGGGUGCGGAUCCUGCCUGUCCUUGGGCCACUGCCAGCGAUAUUCGGAUUGAACGCGGCUACGUAUAUAAUCUGUGAGCUAGCUGGAAAACCGCUUGAGAGGCCGAUGCCUGUGAAACACCGGAAAAAGCUUUACGACCGGCUGUGGAAAGACCUGCUGGCUCGUGAAGGGCGGAUUGCGGGUCGACAGAUCAAUAACCUGCCAUUCUCAAUAUCGGACAUCGGAGUUGUAUUUGAGGACAUUGCACUAGCGCGCAGCAUCGUUCCACCACAUGCGACCUGCGCCAGGGCAACGCUCGCACGAUGGGACCCCCUACGUCCUCUCUCCAUGGAAAAUGUGGUCGUUUUCGAAGGCAAGGAAGCAGAGAGGCAUAUGCGAGAGGUAUUUGGUGUCUCUCCUGACGAGAAGGUUUCAUUUGAGGAUGGAGAGACGCUAGAGGAAGUUGCGGGGGAAUUGGAGAUGGUAGAUGCACUAGGAGGCAAGCUGACGAAAGAAAGGACUAUCAAGAGGCCCGAAGAGUUUUGGGGCGAGAAAGUCACCGCAGUUGUAAAAGCGCGGAUAGACGAGGCGAUAAGGUAUAGGAAAUGGGUGGUAUAGUGAAUGUAUAAGCCUCGUUUUUACCUUAGUUUCUCGAGACGAGUUAAAAUGAUCUGCUGUUGACCACUUUCCUGACAAACCGGCCUCGGAUCCGAAGACGUGUCAUAAUUUACCGAAUCAGGUGGCUUCUAUUCCUUCAAGACAACUUCAAUAAUAUUCUGGGGACUGUCACCCAGCACUAUAAGAACCUAUCAUGUCUUUGCUCGGC